UCAGAAAAUCACGAAGACGACGAGUGAAGAAGAAGAGAGGAGAAAAAGCAAUGGGGAGAAAGAAGGGAUUACCGGAGUUCGAAGAAUCGGCGCCGGAUGGAUUUGAUCCGGCCAAUCCUUACAAGGAUCCGGUGGCGAUGGUUGAAAUGAGAGAACACAUCGUUCGAGAGAAAUGGAUCCAAAUCGAGAAAGCUAAGAUCUUGCGUGAGAAGGUCAAAUGGUGUUACCGCGUCGAAGGAGUCAAUCACUACCAGAAAUGUCGUCAUCUUGUUCAGCAGUAUCUUGAUUCCACUCGCGGCGUCGGUUGGGGAAAGGAUCAUCGUCCUAUUUCGCUCCACGGUCCCAAACCGGAGGCUGUUGAAGCUGAAUAAUGUUGUGUGCCUCAGUGAUCUCUUAGAUGUCUGAGCUUUUGAUAUGGGACAUAAAAUGGAUCUUUUCAGAAGAUAAUGGCUCCCUGAUUUCUUCCGAACGCUGUGCAAAUUUCUCUUAUUCUUAGAAACUUGUGGGUCUUUGGACCAAUGGAUUCAUGUAAUUGAGCUUUGAGUAUUGUUACACUCCACAGUAUCCGUUUCUGAUUGUCAAAUAAGUCCCUUUUUUCGCUC